GGCACAAGAGAAUGAAAAUGAUAGGUUCUGUUCGCCAAUUCCAUGUUCAGAAUUGUUCUAGCUAAGGACAGGUGAAAACCAAGCAGGUACUCCCAAAACUCUGAAGCAGUAACAGGCGACCCACUACCGCCUCACCAUUUACAGGAAACGCUUACAACAGGAAACGGAAGCAUGGCAUGCAAAUUCAAAUACAGCUCCUCCCAAUGAUGGACAUGCAACCAACCAAUCGGAGGAGAAACUGGAUGAAAAGGAAAGCAAAUUGUCCAAUCAAGACAGAAAGCUAGGAGGUAAUUCCGGCGGCACUGCGAGUUUGUUCUCCACCUCCUGAAAAACGAAGCUUACCUGGACCGACAGCUGACGGAUGGGUUGGUGACCAAUCAGAGCUGCAACUGGGCCAAGGGGCGUUGGCACUGAGCCAAUGAGAAUAGAAGGAGUGGGCGUAUUUUCCGGCAGUGCGGCUGGUCUGCUCCCCUCCCCCCCGUGCCGCUAUCGCCUGACGACCAUCAUCCUUUGCCGACGCUAUGGGCUUUUUCUUCAUAUAAAUAAUCGGAGCCGCGACGGCGGCGGGCGGUACUUUGGGGGGGUAGAAAACGGGUUGGCGAAGGAGGUGGCAGUGCGGGGAUAGAUUGUGGCCCGAGGUUGCGUGGUGGCGGCAGUGCUUGUGGUGCGGCUCCUGUCAUGAGUCCGGCCGGGUGCUCCCAUGUGAACAGUUUUAAGGCGGACAAUUGGAAGCAGAGCCUGCGAGUGAUUUACCAGUGCUUUGUGUGGAGCGGGACUGCGGAGAGCAGGAAGAGGAAGGCAAAAUCUUGCAUUUGUCACAUGUGUGGCGCUCACCUCAACCGGCUCCAUUCCUGUCUAUAUUGUGUCUUCUUUGGCUGUUUCACCAAGAAACACAUACACGAGCACGCGAAGUCUAAACGCCACAACUUAGCCAUAGACCUCUUGUAUGGAGGUAUAUAUUGUUUUAUGUGUCAAGAUUAUAUAUAUGACAAAGACAUGGAACAAAUUGCCAAAGAAGAACAAAGAAAAGCAUGGAAGUUGCAAGGGGUCGGUGAAAAGUAUUCAACAUGGGAACCAACAAAAAGGGAAUUGGAACUAUUACGGCACAAUCCCAAACGGAGGAAAAUAACUACAAAUUGUACUAUUGGACUCCGAGGCCUCAUAAACCUAGGGAACACCUGCUUCAUGAAUUGCAUUGUCCAGGCACUUACCCACACUCCAUUACUACGUGAUUUCUUCCUUUCUGACCGACACAAAUGUGAAAUGCAGAGUCCCAAUUGCUGUCUAGUCUGUGAGAUGUCUCGGCUAUUUCAGGAGUUCUACUCUGGAUAUCGAUCUCCACAUAUUCCAUAUAGGUUACUGCAUUUGGUGUGGACGCAUGCACGGCAUUUAGCAGGGUACGAACAGCAGGAUGCACAUGAAUUUCUGAUUGCUGCACUAGAUGUCCUACAUAGGCACUGCAAAGGUGAUGAUAAUGGGAAGAAAGCCAGCAAUCCAAACCACUGUAACUGUAUUAUUGACCAAAUCUUCACUGGGGGGCUGCAGUCUGAUGUCACUUGCCAAGUCUGCCAUGGUGUCUCCACUACGAUAGAUCCAUUCUGGGAUAUUAGCUUAGACCUGCCUGGGUCUUCCACACCAUUCUGGCCCUUAAGUCCAGGCUCUGAUGGGAAUGUUGUGAAUGGAGAAAGCCAUAUGUCCUCCGGUACCACCACACUCACAGAUUGUCUACGAAGGUUUACAAGACCUGAACAUCUUGGAAGCAGUGCCAAAAUCAAAUGCAGUGGUUGCCAUAGUUACCAAGAAUCAACAAAACAGCUUACCAUGAAGAAACUUCCCAUAGUGGCCUGUUUUCAUCUCAAACGGUUUGAACACUCGGCCAAGUUACGGCGAAAGAUCACUACAUAUGUCUCUUUUCCACUGGAGCUAGACAUGACUCCGUUCAUGGCUUCUAGUCGGCCCUCCUUAUCUGCGGAUUCUGCAUGCAUGGAUUCAACCAACCACGGAUGGGGAAAACCCGGAAGUUCUCUCUCCAGCAUUUGUUGCUUGAGCAUUAAAGAGAGCAGGAUGAAUGGACAGUACCAGCAGCCUGUGGAUAGUCUAAACAAUGACAAUAAAGUCCUAUGUGAACAGCACAGGCUGAGAGAGAUGCAACUUGUGUGUAUGUGUGGGCAUGACAUCAUAACUGGCAAGCAACCCAAUCACAAGUAUUCGCUGUUUGCAGUAGUCAAUCAUCAGGGAACACUGGAAAGUGGGCACUAUACCAGCUUUAUUCGACAGCACAAGGACCAGUGGUUUAAAUGUGACGAUGCAAUUAUCACCAAGGCUAGCAUAAAAGAUGUGCUAGACAGUGAGGGGUAUCUCUUGUUUUAUCACAAACAAUUCCUUGAAUACGAGUAGCCUUAUCAGACUGGGGGAAGCCUUCAGAACGAUACACAACCUACCUGAAACUCUAAGUACUGUCAGCACUGAGUGAACCUACUUGACAUUGGUCUGAAGGAGUGAGGCGGAACACCCAAUGGAAUGAGACUGAAGAGGCACGGGUUAUCCUCAAAGCUGCAACCCACAUCUCUGGAAAGGAAGGAGGGGGGAGGGUACACAUAUCUGCUUCUGUUCUCAUGGUGCUCCAGCUCCAGCUGACCAAGUGUAUAACAAUAAUAACAAACCAUCCCAUUGAGAUGGGUUUGAGAGCAAAUGGAUGGUAUUAAUGACUUGCAGAUACACUUCUGUGGAUUUAGAUAUUGAGUACUGUAUGAAACUAGUAGGCAUAUAUUUUCAAAAGAAUGGCCAUUAAAACUGAAUGCAGUACUGAGACAGGUUUUCAGUAUGUAUGUGUUGCCAGACUUGUGUAGAUUGAUGCAACCUGACAGAUUUCUGUAUUGGGCCCACAUUUGUUUGCCUUCUAGCUUUUAGAUUUUCCUGUCAAAGGUUCAGAGCAGCUGUACUGUAAUGAAACUGUACUGGACCUUGAUAUUCGUUUAUUGUACAAAUGCUCAUGUUUCAAGAUGGCCUUACAUCACAAUGGUGGAAAAUUUUGUGUCUGUCUUAAAACAUGCAUGCGUGUACGUGCAUGCAUAGGUGCACACACGCAUUCUCUCACACAGACACAGACACACACACACACACACAGCCACACUGACUGCUCUGGAUUCUUCUCCUUGAUUUAUUUUUUAAAUUAUGCAGUCUGGUCGUAGCAGUAGAUUGAUGUUUGGGAGCUUUUGCUGUCUUGUCGGAAAGAAGGAUCCAUGUGGCAGUCUAAGUGGCCUUCAUUAUAUGAAACAAUAUGAUCAGACCAGAGGGGCCUGAGACAAGGGAAUGCUGAUGAAAUGCAGCCUGUUAUGUUAUUCUCACUUUUUAUAUUCUGUAUUAGUUGCUUUUGGAACAAUGUUCCACAAAUAGAAUAUUCUGUACAUCUUUCUUAAGCAGGACGGGAUGUUGAGCAACUCCCAAAUAGCUUGUUCCACAGGAGCUGAAGUUGUUCAUUUCAUAAUGUUGUACAAUCUGGAUUAACAAAAAGUAAAUAUUUUAUUUAUACACAAAAAAAUCAUAAAACAGAGCAUAACUAUGAUUAACUGUUCAUGGUGAUCAGCAAGCAUCCUGGAUGCCAUGUUGAUUCUCAGUAAACUAUCUAUCCCAUUAAAGCUUUAUGGCACUCCCAUUUGUUUGAAUAUCCAGUUAAGGUUAAUCCCUCACUGGGCUGCUUUGACCCAUUGCCUAUAUGAAAUAAUGUCUUCCCCUACCAAAGCAAGGAGCCAGCCCUUUUGUCACUUGCUUUUGUGGUUCAGUUUUCAUAAAAUACUGUCAUUCAAACUUGUGUUUCUGAGGACACAUGGCAUCCAUAUUGUGUUUACUGUAGCUCUGCGUGUUGUGAUGGAUUUUUGUGUAGCUGCUAGCAAUCAGGGAACCAGAACAGCGAGAAAUGCAAGGCUUUGUGGAACCACAUCCAAAUUCUAGCCAUUCAUGUUAAACAGGGUAAUUAUUAUACACCUAGGUAGGAGGUCCUCGCUUUAGCAUCAGUAGCUAGAAUUCCUCUUGGUAUUUAACAUAAAAUGUGCAAAUAUUGCACUCAAGUUCUACAAAAGCAGAAUGCAAAAUAAGCCAAAAUCCUAAUUAAUGCAAUGUAAUUUUCCUCACGUCUGCAGUAUAUGAGAUGAUGUCAGGUUUAAGUACAAGAUGCACUUUUUUCCAGCUGAAGUAUUUUUUAAAUUUGAAUUUCUAAGUUGUCUAAAUAGGUUUCCCUUCUCUUGCUCCCAUCUGCCCAUCCCACCUCUUUUUUGAUUCCAUGUUCCACCUUCUUAUUAGAUUCCAUCAUUUGCAAUUUUUUUUUAUUACCUCACCUUUAGCCUCCUAACCCCUCUCACCACAUUUUUCUCCUUCAUCUGCCUGUCAGCUCUCCUCGGCUGGAUUUACCUCUUGCCUGCCAGUUCUUGUUCCACUCCUCCUCACUUUAUACUGGCUCUUUGCCCUGUUCAGUCCAGACGAAGCAUUGCAACUGGAAAUCACAUCUGGGUUGCUUUGACCAAGCACUUUGUCCCUAUUCAAACACCGACUUUUCUAUACAAUUAAAUGCUCUACUUUCUUGUUUCAGUAUUUCUAAGAUUGAGGUUCAAUCUGGAAUAUUCCCUUCAACUAUUCCCCUUUUUAAAAAAAGAAUGAUUUAACUCCACAACCAGCUCCCCCAUUCCCUAGUUUGAUAAUCAAUACUUGUCUCUGUAUUUCUUGUCACAAAAUGAUAGGAAACUGUAAAUAUGUAUGUUCAAGCCUGAAAUUUGAGGAAAGGUCUCUUCAGGGUUCUUAAGUUAUUCACAAACUGAACAUUGCAGUAGGUAUUUGGAUCAUGAAAGCCAUCAAAUUAAUCUGCACACCAGGCAAACUGUCACCCCUGAGUGAACUUCAAUAAACCUGUGCAAGCAUUUUUAAUCGUCCUUCCAUAGCUGCUUUUCAGUCAGCACCUCUGUGUAUUAGCAAAUUAAGGUUCUGCAGUGCUUUGCAUUCCUCUGGAGCUCUGAACUCAAAACUCUGUCACUCGGCUUAAAAAUACUUAUGCAAGUUGAGUUUCAUUCGUGUUCAUUCCUCUGGAAUAGGCCUUCUCAGUAUUGGGUUUUCUUGUAACUACAGUGAAGUGUAGAACCUGUGCUGUUUACAUGUAGGUGAAUGCGGUGUAAGUCCCACGCGGGCAUUUCAUAUGCCAUCCCCUGUGUAUCGUGCAGUGCACCAGAAACUUAAGUAUUUGGGUAUGGCAUGGGCAAUGUCCACAUGGCAGUGUAAGCUACAUCUUGAGAAUUGUUUUCUUGUACAUUUAAGGUCAAGUGACAUUAUUGUGGUAAGAAAUCUUCCCUCCAUACAUUCCCUCUGAACUUCUUAAUGUUACUGUGAAGAUGUGCAAACAAAAUGAUUCGUAAAAGACUUGAUGAUUACAGAUUUCCUGCACUGAUUUUAUCUGAAAUGAUGUAAUAGCUAAUGAUUAAGUGAUUUUAGAUCUGAAAGUGAAAAUAAGGUUUUCAAUAUAGUUAUAUUCCUGCUGUUAAUACACUGCUAAACAUUGGCUAUAACGUUCAUUUUGGUAGUAUUUUUAGAUGAUCUCCAAAGCAGAAUUGCCAGUGGCAAUUACUUUUUUAAAGGGAGAGUUUCUAUUUAUUUUCAUUCACAAUUAUGCAAAAAUCUCAAACAUGUCACUUGGCCUUCAGAUUGUCAGUCAUCCUGCGAUGGACUCUUGCUCAACUUAAGCAGAUGUGUAGCUCACUGUAGUGGAAUGGAGUUAUAACAGAAGUGAAAACAUCCAAAUUAUAUCAACUGUUUUCACACACUUUGCCCUCAAAAGGCUUACAAAUAGAAGUCAGCUUCAGCAGUUUGAUAAGUGUGCUCGGUUCAUGAGCUUGGGUAAUCACAGUGCAUUCUGGGAGUUGCCCUUUUUAUUUGUGGGUAAUAGUGUUUGAUAUACAAAAGCUGCUUAAAAGAAAAUGCAUUUCCCAGAGUGCCAGGUGGGUCAAGCAUUUCCCAUGCUAAGGGUCAUUUGUUAAUGCACUAUCCUCUAUGAAACAAAAUGUAAGGACUCCGAUUAAUAUACUCCAGACAGGGUAAUGUAUAUUUGUUCAGCCCCUCUAUGUUAUUCUAGUUCUCCAUUUGUGGUAUUGCCUGCAGUACCAAUUUCAUUUGUAAUCUCAUUUGAUUUUUAUUUUCCAUGUUCUGAAAAAGCAAAUGUCAAAAUAAAUCAUUUAACUAUGGGUUA